CAUUUCGCUCACUGGAUGCCUAGAGCUGCUGGGUGACUGGAGCAGAGCUGGAACAUGAAUGAUAUCAACCAGGACGAGGAGGUGCAGAAGCAGAUAGCAAGGGAAGUGCGAAUGCAGGAGGGAGCCAGCAAGCUACUGGCGGCUUGUUCCCAGAGAGAGCAGGCCUUGGAGGCGUCCAAAAGCCUGGUAACGUGCAGUGCCCGUAUUUUGGCCUUGCUCAGCCAACUGCAGAAGAUGAGAGAAGCUCAGGUCCUACAGAGGAUGGGACGCAGGUCAUCUGAAGUUGUUUCAUUUAAUGAGAGGCUGCCAUGUAUGGGUAAAGUCGCCAUUUCAGAUCUGCGUAUUCCUCUCAUGUGGAAAGACUCAGAGUACUUCAAAAACAAAGGAGAGCUACAUCGCUGUGCGGUCUUCUGCCUGGUCCAGUGUGGUACAGAGAUCUAUGACACAGAUCUGGUGAUGGUAGACAGGACGCUGACUGACAUCUGUUUUGAGGAAACCAUCUUGUUUAACGAGGUGGGUCCAGGGUUUCAGCUGCGUGUGGAGCUGUACAGUAGCUGUGUGCCUGAGGACUUCUCCCUUGGGGCUCCAGCACCCAGGAGACUGAGCCGUCUGGGUGGCUCUCUGGGGUGCACCACUAGGAAAAAGACCCGUGCUGCCCUCAAGUCUGCAGCUGGUUGUAGGACCUUUUCCAGCAGAGGGGGAGCAAGAGGAGAUGCAGGAGGCAGGGAUUCAUCAUCGCCUUCAUUGCCCGGUGUGACUCGACUGGGGCCUAAGUAUCACCUGUUGGCUCACACCACACUGAGAAUAGACCACGUCCAGGACAGCUUCAAGACACAUGACUUGUCACUAGCGGCUGCAGAGGAUAGUCCAUUCUGGUUGCCUCUCUAUGGCAACAUGUGCUGUCGCUUGGUUGCUCAGCCCCUCUGCAUGGUUCAACAAAUUAUUACUGGCAAACUAAUGGUUAAGCUUGGAGAGGACCUUAAUUGCUGGGACAAUGCCUACGGUGUCCUCAGAGGGACAAGCCUCUUCUGCUAUCACAGUCAAGACGACUUUGAGUCUGACAAACAGCCAUUAUUAACGAUCCCCAUCAACAAGGACACCCUCAUCUGUUUGUCAGAGAGAGAGCCCCUCCAGGCCCAGAGUAUACACAUCAGUACACAGUGCCUGGGGGAAGAUGCAACGUACACACUGACCACACACACUCCUGAUGACACACAGCGAUGGAUGGAGGCCUUCUGGCAGCACUUCUAUGACAUGAGCCAGUGGAAGCACUGUUGUGAUGACCUCAUGAAAAUUGAAAUGCCGUGCCGCAGGAAAUCCAUCACAGUGAAGCAGGGAUCACUAUACCAUGAAAUAGUAACACCCUCCUCUCCUAAUGAGGCCGAUCCUAUGAUCCAGGAUUUGCCAACUGAGAUCCGUACUUUACUGUCUUCCUACUACAAUGAAAGUUAUUGAUGACCCGGCCACAGUUGUGCUGCCACAGUGAGAAACACCUCUAUGCGUCUGUGGUUGUCAAGCUUCAUCAUGAAUAUGGAAUGAAAUAUGGUGCUGUUUCAUCAGACACCUGAAACACAAGAUACCUCCUUAUUGCCUCUAUAAAGUGCCCACAAUGAGUUCAGGAAUUCAGAGACAAGUCACUGGAUCACUACCCAUCAAUAGCCAGCAUUGCUCAAUAGCAGGCCAGUUUUAGGUUUGGCAGUCAUCAGCACCAACUUGCAGUACAGCUUUUAUCAGUUGUUGUCAUCUGCAUGAUAGUCAUGCAUGUGAAAAUCCAGUUUGGCUUGAGGAAGAAAUUCCUCAUUGCUCUUUCUUCUAUCAUGUCCUUAAUCUUGAGUCAUGGUUCAUCUCGAGUGGAAAUCUUUUUUUUUUUUUUUCCUUAAAUAAAUGAUUUCUGAACAUGUAAUCAGCUGAGUGUUAACUUAAUAGAAAGUGAAGUACCCUCAACUGUCUAUGUACUUUAUUUUUUGGUAAAUUAAAUAGCUAAUUGUCAAAAGCU